AUGCCGGAACCUCGAGCUUCUCCGGUAGAUUCUCCGUUUUCCAUCAGGAACCUGCUGAGCUCCAAACCCAAACCCACCAAACCUGGGAGACCGGACAUCGGGGUCGGAGUCGGGGUCGGGGUCGGGUUGGGACUGGGUUUUGGUUUGGGGGAUUUUAGUCUGGCUCGGUUGGAGCUCCUGAACCCGCACCGGUUAACGUUACCGGCUUACCUGGAGCGCGCGAGCUGGUACUCACCUCACGCGCUCAGCAGCGCAUCAGCACACCUGUACCGGAGCGCAGAUAAAGGCAGCGGUAACAGCACGUGCUCAGAGCGGGACUCCCCCGAGCUCCGGUCCGAUCCCGAGAUUAAAGAGGAGCACGAGGAGGAGGACGAGGAUGAGGAGGAUGAGGGCGCGAGGAGCGGAGAGGAGCUCGCGCUGGAGGAGGAGGAGAGCGACGCGGAGGAGCGCAAGAGCGGCCCGGUAAUAACGGCUGUGACGGUCACCGAGGAGGAGGACGACGAGGAGAAGAAGUCCGGUCACCGGAAGAAGAAGACCCGCACGGUGUUCUCGCGCAGCCAGGUGUUCCAGCUCGAGUCCACGUUCGACGUGAAGCGCUACCUGAGCAGCUCUGAGCGCGCGGGCCUCGCCGCCUCGCUCCGCCUCACCGAGACUCAGGUCAAGAUCUGGUUCCAGAACCGCAGGAACAAGUGGAAGCGCCAGAUCUCCGCCGAGCUCGAAGCCGCCAGCCUGAGUCACGCCACCCUGCACCACCACCACCAUCACCAGCAGCUCCAGCAACAGCAGAGGAUCGUGCGCGUCCCCGUGCUCUACCACGAGAGCGCGCCGGGUCCGGACAGCACGAGCGCACAGAGUCCCGCGAGCACCGCGGCGCUGCUGGCCUUCCCGCACGCGCUGUACUACCCGCAGCCGCACUUGCCCAUGCUCAGGCGCACAUAG